UCUGGGAGAAGUUCAGUUUGCUUUUUCAUCUCCACUAGUAAACAAACUCUGAAGUAAACAAAUCCAAAAUUUACGAAAGUUACAAGUAAAAAAUAAAAAAAACAUUUACUCUUUGUAAGGACUUCCUUUAAACUGACCACUUACUCUCACACUCACACACGCACACACGAUGUCUGUGAUUAGUGACUCUUGGCGCCUCUUUAAAGCGCGGAAUGUCUACGAUGUUUUGGAUAUUCCUCCUGAGUCCUUGCCCCGUCAUAUACGGGAGGCUGCCUAUCAAUUGAUUUUGCAUGAACAUCCGGACUUGAAGCCACUAACAGAACGUAUCGACGGUUUUGACAAAUGCCGCUUGGUGCAUAAAAUCCUGCUCAUCUUGACGGAUGCCAAAAAGCGAGCUGCCUAUGAUGAACGUGGUGACCUUGGGCCACUACCAUCUCCUAGUCAAAUGGACCAGAGUCUAUCCACUUUGCUGGGCCAAUGUUUUGCAUUGAGGAAGUUUCCUCUUGAUGGGACAGGUGUGCGUGAGAAUUUUCUACGUAAUUACAAAGGUUCGCUUUUGGAGAAGGAAGACAUCAAAGCAGCCUACUUUUUGGGCAAAGGUUCAAUGGAUCGCAUUUUAACAGAAGUUCCUCUGAUGACAGUAAGCGACGAGAAGCGCGUUAAAAAGAUAAUUAAGGGACUUAUCAAGAUCAAGGAGCUCAAGGUAUAUAAAAAAUUCGAGAAUGAUGCAGCCGAUAAACGUCGUAGCCGUAAGAAGCGUUUUGCCGCCUUCACUGUGGAAGAGCAACACAACAAGGCUAUGGACGAACUUUUAGUAAAAUAUAACAAAGAUUUGGAUAAAGAGGCAAUCGAUUAUAAUAAUGAUGAUGAGUUGGAUGCCAACACACCAGCAAGACCUGGCGAUAUUCUGCUGACCCGUUGCCAUGGUGAUAUGCAUGCCGUACUCAACAAUCUGACCUCAAAAUAUAGUAGUGAAUCAUCCGCUACUCAAAUGGAAUGGGACUAUUAAGAACAAUUGCAACAGGAUGGUUCGUCUUCUUUGCGUUCAAGACCCAAUGCCACAAAGAAUGCUCUACAUUCAGAAUGAAAUCUACACGAAAUGCACGACGAUCUUAUCAGGAGGGAGAACAUUGAUAAAUUUAAUAUGUUAUUAAUCUUAAACUCGUUUUAAUCUAUGUAUGUAGCUAUAUUAAAGAGGUUUUGUAAACAGUAA